UACGCGUGUACCUUUUGUUACAGUGAAAAAUAACAAUAAUUAAUUAGUAACAAGUGUAUGUCAGUUGUAAGUUAGUAUCUUAGAGCAUGUUAAACGCAUUUAUUCCGCUGCAGUAAACAUCAAUAUCAGUGAUUUCUUUUAUAACUUUAAACAAUUUUAUAGAAAUUUUAUGUCUUUGAUAUGUUGUUUAUACAAGACAUAGUUUAUAAUAAAAUAUAACGGACGUAAAACAUGCCUAAAUGUGCUGGACAAUUGCGACGCCAUGCUGCAGUACAAAUUAUUCUGGAUAUUCUUAUUUGGCUUGCUGUUGCAGUGUCUGUGUUGUUCCUUUUCCUACAUGGGACGCCAUACAAAAGAGGGUUUUACUGUGGUGAUGUAACCUUAAGUUUUCCGUUUAAACAAGACACACUUUCUACACCCUUGCUCUUAAUGUCGGGAGUUAUCGUUUCUGUAGUGGUGGUUGUGAUAACAGAGGUUUUAAACCAUAUUGACACAAAAUGCCGACAACAAUGUGUAUCAGCUGCGAGUGUUGUGUAUUGUGUUAAGAGCUAUGCUAUUUUCCUGGCUGGAUUCAUUUUACAACAGUUGGUGGUAGAGGUCGUCAAGAACAGGACUGGUGUAUUAAGACCCAAUUUUUUUGAUGUGUGCAAACCACAGUUCAACACGUCAUUAUGUCCAAGUUAUAUUACGAGAUAUACAUGUACAGGCGAUGAUCAAAAGGAGAUACGGAAUAGCCGAUUAUCCUUCCCGUCCGGUCACUCCUCCUUAUCCAUGUAUAUUGCAGUUUUCUUCUGCAUGUACAUCGAAAAUCGUUUACAGAUCAGUUUUUCCCGCAUAUUAAAGCUGUUUCUACAAGCAAGCCUUAUUCUUAUGGCUAUUCUGUGCGGUGUUGAUCGCAUCAUAGACAAUAAACACCAUCCAUCCGAUGUUGCUGCAGGAUUUCUGUUGGGAGUUAUUGUUGCGGUGGUUAUGUAUCAUCAGGUAUGUUGGAAAUAUUACAAAACAACAGAAGAAAUGCAAUUACAUUGCAAUGAAAACAGAUCGUGUGGCUGUUGUGGCUUCUUGCAAUCUCCGAACAUAGAAGUUCAGACAUCGACAAAUGAUGACGUAGAUGGUUUAACAAACUCAAACAACACUACAGUAUCAACAAAACAACUUAUAGCUUCCCCUUUCAAUAUUCGACGCCAUUUCUCGACACCAGUAACACCAACUAGAUGGGAGGAUGUAGUAUAAAAGUCACAGUUAUGACAUAAAAUGACUUUCUAUAGAUCAUUUGUACGUGCCACAGUGGUGACCAAUGAUUUUGUUAAAAGGUGCUCUCGCAGUGGUGACUACAGGACACUGAUGUCUGUUACAUAUUAAAAUUACCUCAGCAUGUCAUUUUGGUUUUUCAAAGUGAAAUUCUUUAUGUGACUGUUCAUUAAAAGUCAAAAUUGUUACAUUCCUCUUUCAUAUCAGUGCUUGUAUGCGAAUAAUCGUAAAACCAUUUAUUUUCAUAACCAAUAAGUGAUUUACAUGCUGAAAGUUAUAGAAAUAGUUUGUAUCAUCAGUAAAUGGUUGCAUAUACUUCAGCAAAUGGUUGCAUAUACUUAACAUACUGGAAGUUUUAA